AUGCAACGUAGAGGACGAUCCACUGAUGAGCAGAGAAUUAAUCCACCAAAAGACGCUCCUAUUAAGGAGUCCUGCGAUGGCCUCUGGUGGAUAAAGAGAGUAGGGCGCUUUAAGAAUGCUGCGCUUUUCUAUCAUCUCCACUCCGAGGAAUGCGAGCUUCAGAACGACCCCAACGGUGAAAACAGCAGCAACGGACACAUUGCCGUCUCUCAACCAAAGCGUGCGGCAUUGAGCGACGUCAAGAAGAAUGGAAAAGGCCAAGUAGAGGUUGAGAAGAUUCGAAGGCCGGACAGAUCUGCUGUGCUCAAAGAAGGACAAGACCGAUAG